AUGGCGGAGGACUUUGUGACAGGGAUGGCGACGACUGCCAUCGGUGCCCUCUCAGAAAAACUGUACGUCAGACAUGUCAUCAGAGAUCAACAUGACGGGGAUACACAAGCGGCGCUUGGAACGCCUCUCUUCUCUAGCUUCUUACCAAUUUAUUCCUUUGCUCUGACUGGACUGUUGCGGCUUGCAGAUACGGCCAGGCCGUUCGCUGGCGGGAUCAACGCGAGCCAGGCCGGUCCUUCCGGAGGAGUCAACACCAACCUGCAGACCGGUUCAGCCACUCGGACCCCGGUCCGUCCCGGCGGCGCGGCCGCCCCUGCAGCCCACCCCCAGCUCAACCUCCGGGAGAUGGAGCGUUUCAUGCCGAUCGCCAGCGUCACCCGUAUCAUGCACAGGGCCCUGCCAUUGCAUGCAAAGAUUUCCGAUGAUGCUAGAGAGACGAUCCAGGAGUGCGUGUCGGAGUACAUUCGCUUCAUCACUGGCGAGGCCAACAAGCGGUGCCGGCGGGAGCAGCGCAAGACCAUCACUGCCGAAGACGUGAUCUGGGCCAUGGGAAAGCUUGGCUUCGACGACUAUGUCGCCCCCCUCAGUCUGUUCCUGCAGCGCUACCGAGAGAGUGAGGGUGACCAGUGCAUCGGUGAACAUUUUCCGAUCGUCAAGCAUCGUCGCCACCCGCAGAUGAGUGACACCAUCUGCGCUCCACCGGUCCUUUCACGGCCUCUUGUAAUAUGCUUGUCGACGCUGCCGCUGCCAACUCCAUCGGGCCUCAUCAUGCCACCAACUGCGCCCCCUCCUCGCAUCAACCAUCUCGUUGACAAAGGCUCGGGAGCAGGCUACUUCCUCGGGAUGCACGGGGAUGGGGACGGUGCCGGGCCUGUUAGAAAUUAAGCUAGACCUUUUAUUUUCCCAAGUCAUUUAUGAUGUGUUGUUUCCCUAUGUUUGUAAUUUCUAAGCGUCAAAUGUCUUUUGGUUUCCCGAGUGGCAUGGGGAGAUGGUUUUUCUCUUUAUUAGGUGGUUAUUUGAUGCUUAGGGAAUGCUAACGAAAUUAAUACUCUUAAUUUCGGAUUAGCUUUGGAGGGCCUAUAUAAGGGUCAUGUAACUUGUUGUUUUAAACAUAUGAGAACCUGAGAAGAAAAGUUCAUUUGUAGUA